GAGAGAACGAAAUAGAGAGUGAAAGGGACAGAGAAUCACUGACCUGCAAAUACUGUAUAAAAAGGCAAAAUACUCCAUUUCUGAAACUCAUUUCCACUUAAUUUCAACAACGAUGGUACCUACGUUCAGUAUCUCCGACUAUCUCGUAUUCAUUUUCAUUGUUUUCGUCUCCAUCGCUAUCGGUUUGUUCUUUGGAUGUCGCCAAAAGAAUGAUAAAACUGCAAAUGACUUUAUGACUGGAAACCGUCAACUCUCAGCACUUCCUCUCGCUCUGUCUUUGAUGGUUUCUUUCCAAUCGUCUAUCAUGGUUCUUGGAAUGCCAGCCGAAGCUUAUGUCUACGGAAUUAUGUACUUCUUUAGCGUUGUUGGAUUUAUGAUAUGUUUGCUGAUAUCGUCCCAUGUGUACGCUGAAUUCUUCCAUAAAAUGAAUUUUUAUAGCAUAAACGAGUACAUCAAGCACAGGUAUAAAAGCGAAGUACUGAAAGUCUUUGGUGUAAUACUUUCAAUUGCAAUUUAUGUCUGGUAUAUGGGAAUCAUGCUUUAUGGACCAGCUGUAGCACUGCAGGCUGUGGCAGGUUUUAAUAUGUGGUAUUCCAUAAGUAUUUUGGCAGUGUCGGCAAUUUUAUACACUGCAAUUGGUGGCUUGAGAGCUGUUAUCUGGACUGACGUGUUUCAAAGUUUUGUCAUGUACUUCUGUUUGCUUGUUGCCAUAAUUAAAGGAAUCAACGAAGUAGGGAACCUGAAUGAUGUCUGGGAAAUCUCAAGAGAAACCCAAAGACUAGACUUGGACUUUCGAUUCGAUCCCUUCACACGUCAUACCGUCUUCAACUUGAUGUUUGGCUACGUACUUUACGCAUUUGGAACUGUAUUUAACCAGUCAUCAUUUCAAAGAAUUACUGUCGCUAAAACACCGAGAACAGCUGCAUGGGUGCUAAUGCUGGCUGGUCCUUUUUAUGCUUUGACGACAGGGUUAGCUAUUUUUCAGGGCUUGCUAGCUUUUGCUUAUUUCAAGACAAAACGAUGUGAUCCGCUUGAAGCCGGGAUUAUUUCUAAUCCGAAUCAGAUCAUGCCUUAUUAUAUGUUGAUGCUUUUCCAAAACUGGAGAGGAAUGCCCGGAUUAUUCGUGGCAGCAUUAUUCAGUGCAUGUCUGAGUACUAUGUCGUCUGGUCUUAGUAGUCUUUCUACAAUUACAUGGAUAGAUAUUUUUCAACCGAUGUUAAAAUCACCAUCUGAUGCAAAAGCCACCUUCGUAUGCAAAGCUGCAGUGGUUAUCUACGGUUUGAUGUCGCUAGGAGUAGCAGUAUUGGUUUCUAAUAUUGGUGGAACUCUCACACAAAUUGGAGACACUUUGGUUUCCUCCUUUUCGGGUCCUUUAACAGGAAUGAUACUUUUUGGUACUCUCUGUCCAUGGGCAAAUAAAAAGGGGGCGCUGGCCGGCACGCUCUGUGCCAUAGUCAUUACACUGUGGGUUGCGUUUGGAUCGAUAUUUUCAAGUACACUCCCUCCAACACCUUACCUACCUCCAGCACCAACUGAUCAAUGUCCUAUCACUAACAUAUCAAUACAUUUUACGUCACACAAUUUUACAACAGCUGAAAUGGUUACAAACACAACAAAAUAUUCGAUCCGCGGUAUACAGAAGUUGUAUUCUUUAUCUUAUACUAUGAAUGUUCCUAUUGCAAUUCUGAUCGUGUUUGUGGUUGGCACCAUCGUCAGUCUAAUUUUCUACAAACCGCAUGAAGUUAACCAAAAAUACGUUGUUCCUGUAUGUGAGAAAGUUUGCUGUUGUUUGCCAUCCAGUGCACGGAAGAAAUUUCGGAGUAGAGCCAUUUCAACAAUAAAGGAUGAAGAAAACAUGGAGUUGGAUUCGAAGCUCGAGAGAACGUAGUGAAUUAUACUACAUCACACAAGGCAUACUACCAUAGCUACGUGUUAUACAUAAACAGAAACUAUGCAUUGCAUCCACGAAGAAAUCUUGUCUUAUGAUAUGGAACGGAUUUAAAAGUUUGUUGAAAAUUCAUCACCACCAUCCACAGAGAACAAUGUCGACAGACUUUAUUCUAGUUGGACUAUUUAUACGUCUGUUCUCUUUCCGACGAAAAUGCAUAUACACACACACAUUAUUACUGUAAAUAACGGUAAUAAUACGACUUUAUUAAAUUUUUUCUUGCUUACGAUAGUUUCUUUUAAACGGAGCGGGACGUUUAAAGUAAAGAACGCACACGAGGUAGCGUAGUGAAUAUUUUAGAAAUAGACGUUGAAUACUGUUUAAGAUCGCAACACAGCAUGAAAUCAAUUGAUAUUGAAAUAUGUAUUACUUAUCUAUGUAUUCAAAGCAGAGGUAAACCUGUUUCUGAAAUGUUCAUUGCACGUGUGUAUCUUUAUCAUAUUUUUAUGGUGGUUUUUGGAGCAACGGCUCUGAUUUUAAUAAGUGGUAUUAUUAUAUACCCAACCUAUCUUAAAUUACUAUAUAUAUAUAUAUAUAUAUAAUAUAUAUAUAUAUAUAUAGAAUAAUGAAGAAGAAAAUGGUAUAGUUGCCCACUUUAUACACCUCAACUAAUUAGUGGUGUAAUGGAGCUUCAGGAAAGUCAAAAUAAGGAGCGAAGCAAAUUUCAAAGUUCUUUGUAUGUAUUCAUUCAAUCCAUUUCAAAUUGUCGAAAUUCUCCAAAAUAUACAUAGAUACGUUCACAUAUAAGGACAUGACAAAAAUUCAUUAAAAUUUAUAAAUAUAUGAAUACACAAUGAUUUAUAAAUAUAUAAAAAUUCAUGAAUCUAUAAAAUUUAUAAACAUAUAAACAAAUAAAUAUAAAUACAUAGAUGUACUUGCAAGGUUGAAUGUCCGAAUUAGAAUCAAUGAGUAUAAAAAAAGUAUAAAAUAAUUUAAGAGGAAUCCUGAAUAAGUGUAAAGUUUAACGGCUGUUUCGGGAAAAUAUAGGUUGGUAUGGGUGAGCUAACUCCAACCAUAGCAAUUAUCCAUACUUCCCUCAUCAGAGUUAAGAGAUUCAAAGAGUUAUUAAAAUUUUAGGAGUCUUGAAAAGUUGGAGAAUUUUUUAAAAACGAAUGCUUAGCUGUUCAUGUGUAUGAUAUAAUGAGUUAAAGUUACAGGUUAACCCAUUCAUGCCGAAAUUUUUCUAGUGAAUGAAAUUACUUGAAAAUUCGCAGGUACUAUUAUUUUGACCUAAAUAACAACUGAAAAAUACAGUUCUAUAUUUAAGAGAUGAGGACUUAUGUACAUUAUUUACAUUAUUUACAUUUGACGGAUAUUUGUCCUCGUCUUGUUUGCUGUUAACACAACGUUUCGGUUGAUACACCUUCCAGCCUUCGUGAAGGUUGGAGGGUGUAUCAGACGAAACGUUGUGUUAAUAACAAACACAACGAAGACAAAUAUCCAUGAAAUGUAAAUAAUGUAGCUGAAAAAUAUUUCAUUGAAAUCCGUUUGAUACAGACGGCAUACGCGUUAAGAACAUGUUAGAUUCUUUGAUAUAGAUCAUACACAAAUAAGAAUUUGCGUCAAGUUUUAUACCCUUAUAAAUUAAGAGUCAGUUUCAACGGACGACCGGCACGAAUGGGUUAAGAUACAUUACGACGAUAUAUACAAUAGUAUUUUAAGAUGAAUCCAAAAUAUGAACUGUGACUAGAUUAAAAUACUUAUAGGCUGAUUAUCUUAUUAAGCAAGCUUUUUUAGUUGGCACGGAGCAUUUGGAUCGCCUCCAUCGCGCAUAAAUUUCAAUUUUUAGUGUGUGGAUUAUAUGGUGUGGUUUUCGUUAUGAUAGAGCAAUCUAGACUGAAUUCUUUAUUGCACAGUUUUAAUUUAUUGAUGCAGGUAGCUAGUGUGGUUGGAUUUCUUGUUUCGGGAUUGAUAGAUGAAUUUGUGCGUGCCCUAUAUCUAAUCUUAAAAUCAGUCGUACAUCCUAUGUAUAUCUUUUUAGGUUCAUUAAGGGUUGAAACCUCAACGUUAUAUACAACAUUUCUCCUUAAACAGAAUAUUUUCAAGGGACAUAGCUCUCUAUUACGACAAUUACAUGUUUUGUUUCCAGGUUUAGCCUUUCUAUUUCUAAUAUCAGGCUUAUUAUUAUUCUUCAUGCUAUGGUCAGCUAUAUUAUAACUUCUAUUAAUGCUGUUAUUUCUAAGUUUAAGUCUAUUGUUGGCCGUGAUUAUAUAUAUAUAUAUAU